ACCGUCGCACGUUAGCCAGCGCUAACCGCCGGAGGCUGACGAGUCGGAGUCGCACCGUCGGCUCGAGGCUACCUGCUCGCCACCCGACGACCCAUCUACUCCUGCACGCCGCGUCGAGGGACGGGAUAUAUCGCUCGGGACGGCGGAGGUGGCACCGACCCCCCACCACCGGGGGCGAAACGCUGAGGCCCCUCCUACCGGACGAGGAGGAGGGAAAGGCCGAGCGGCCGUUUCGCGCUCUCGCUUUAUCGGAUUCUCUCGCUCGCUUCGUCGGGGGUGGGGAAAAAUCGCCCCCUUUUGAGGAAGAAAAGAACCACGGCGACAACUGCCCUCCGACAGCGCGACCUGGCCACUACCACCGUGACACCACCGCCGCGCACUGUGGGGACGAGAACGAGAACGAGAACGAGAACGAGAAAGAGGAGAGAGAGGAGAGAGCUGAAAGGUGGGCAAGAAGCUCGCUCGCCGCUCGCUCCUGCAGGUUCCACCGCCUCGCCGUAACCUUACGUCGAACGUCACCCGGUGCUCCGGAGUUACGCUACACCGCACUACCUGCCUAUCUUGUCCCGAGUCCGGCGACACGCGUGGCGGUAGCACGGGACGCACGGGACGCACGGGACGCUCAGCAGCCGUGCCACCGCUAGGCUCUCUGCGACGGAGAGAAAGAGAGCGAGAGAGAGAGAGGGAGAGGGAGAGAGAAAGAGAGAGAGAGAGGAGAGCGCUAGCCACCCAGCCAUCCAUCGCGGCUCGCACCUCAGCCACCGGUGCAAGCACAUCGGUGCCCGCCGCCCUGCUCAACACCAAUUCGACUCGGGACUCGCGUUAAAAGUGCCACCCGACUUACGCGCUCCACGAAUCAUCGCCUCCGGCCAGUUUAUCCCCGGCAACGAACCACGCUUGGAGCAGCAGCCAGCCGCCCGGCCCCAACAGCUGGUCUGCACGUCAGUGCCGUUUCCACUGCUGCGAGCGGUCGUCGAUCAGGGUGGAGAUAAAAAGAUCGGUUUCUCCUUGUUUCUUUGUUUAUUUUUUUUCACUGUUUUUUGGUUUUCGUUUUUCUAAUCAAGUGCCACCGUGCGUUUGUUACACGCAACGCCUAGCGAAGGGACGGAUGCUUUUAUCCGAGUUCGUACAGUGAUCGACGCAGUGCAGUUUGUACAGUGAACUUCAAUGUUUGACACGAUGACACAGUUUUUGAGAAUUUUAUCGUCGCCGAUCACGGUUCGGAUGUGAAUGUUGACAAAUUGUACGAGCGGCGAAACUUGGCCGACCACAGAUACACGAUGACGUAUUGACAGUGUCCGUUUUUCGGAUCAAUCCGAGAGGUGCGUCGCAACCUUGUGCAUUUUCGUCAAUUCGUCAAAGAGUCUACGUACUUACACGUACAUACCUAUACAUAUAUUUAUACAUAUAUAUACGUAUACAGAAAACAAAGGUGCAACGUUCUUAUUAUUACGUAUACAAGGUGGAAAAACGGGGGGUUGGUUACCGCAGUGUGUGAAGUGUGAUUAAUACUCAUAUAUCUGUAAUCAGUGGACUGUGCAAUGACGACCGCGAAGUGAAAAAAGAAUGACGCUAGCCUAGCGGAGUUUCACUACUUACGGCCCAUAGUCGGCCGACACAACAUGUCACAGUUCUCCUUCAGAGGAUCACCCAAUUUGCAGUGCCCUGUGACAGCCACACCCUCGCUAUCCUCGACUUCCCCGUCGCCGGCAUCCGCGCCGGUCCUGAGCGGGGGCAGCGUAUCUUCGUUGGGGAGUGCGGUAGGUAAUUCCUCGUUGCAAACCAGGAUGGCGGUGACGAGUGCGGUGGUCCGUCCACCCGGGAGUCCGACCGCCUCCGUCAGUCCGUCUCACGCGCCACCUUCCGCCGGCGGAAGAUGCUGCGAUACCGGAAGGCCGAUAUUCACCGACCCCUUGACCGGGCAGACCGUUUGUUCCUGCCAGUACGACCUCCUCGGCGGUUACCAGCGACUCGGCGCCCUUCCGACCGCCGCCCUUUCCAUGUACAGCGCCCCCUAUGCCGCAGCCGCCGCCGCAGCCGCCUCCGAAGGUAUGGCGGCGUACUUCCCCGGACUCGGUGCUGACCAGGCGCCGUUCUACACCCCCACGGCCGCUGGUCUUGAGUUGAAAGAAAACCUCGGAGCUGGAGCGGCUGCAGCAUGGACCUAUCCUUCGGUCUAUCAUCCCUACGACGCGGCCUUCGGUUACCCGUUCAACGGCUAUGGCAUGGACCUAAACGGUGCGAGGCGGAAGAACGCGACACGCGAAACGACGAGUACCCUCAAGGCGUGGCUGAACGAGCACAAGAAAAACCCUUACCCAACCAAAGGCGAGAAGAUCAUGCUGGCCAUUAUCACCAAGAUGACCCUCACCCAGGUAUCGACGUGGUUCGCCAACGCUCGGAGGCGGCUCAAGAAGGAGAAUAAAAUGACCUGGGAACCCAGGAAUAGGGUAGAGGACGAGGAUAACAAUAACGAGGACGAUGACAGCGGCAGGAAAAGCGUUGACGAGAAGGACCGACUAGACUCGAAGGAUUCGGGAACAGGUUCAAGCGAGGACGGUGAGCGACCGGCGCAUCGUUUGGACAUGUUACACGGCAGCAGCGGGGUGUCGGGAGGUUUGCAGGGUGGACGAGCGGAGAGCGAAUGGAGCGAAUCGCGAGCGGACAGCGGUCCGGACAGUCCCGAAUGCCUUUACGACCAGCGAGAACCGCGGCACCCCCUCCAGCUGCAGCACCCUGCGUACCUCUCGUCUGCGCAUGGUCGUUUGCUGCAGCACCCCUCCCCGGAAAGCACCUCGCCGAGUGGUCACCACCUCCCCGCAAGUACCAGCGCCUCGUCCCAAGGCCCCGGGGGCCCAGCGAAACCUCGAAUCUGGUCGCUAGCGGACAUGGCGAGUAAAGACGGGGACCAGCAGAGCCCGCCGCAGGGGUUGCCGGGCCUGGGUUCGCCUUACGGUGGGGGUGGAAAGCUGGUGAGCCCAUUGGCGAGUAGAAUGCCGGCACACCAUCCGUUGCACCCGAUGCACCCUGGCUCGCAGUUCGUUCGUCCUCAUCCGGACUUCUACAGGAACUUUUACGGCGCCUCGCACCUUGGAUCGGGGGACAUGUCGUUACUCGAGACUUACUCGAGGCUCGGUGGACUCGGAGGAGUCAUGCCGGCGGUCAGCGCCCCCAGUGUCCUAACUUCGUCUUCCUCGACCUCCGGGGCCGUGAAGUCCUUCCCCAUGAACGGGGGCCCGGGCCCCGGUGGUCCCGGCAUUCUCCUUACGACGACAUCCGGCGUAUCGCCGUCCUCGUCCUCCACCGCCUCAUCCGGAGGCUCCGACCAGUCCCCUCAUCCCGGGAACAGCAUCCCCCCGACGGAACUCAAGUCACCGGGCAGGGUUUGAUCCGAAGACCCGUUGAGAUCUCGUCUCGGCGAUCGUUGAGAGGAGCUUUUUGUUUUUGGAGGGGAAUUCACCUUCCGGGAUCGCGAGGAACUUUCGGUGAGGUCCCGACGAAUGAUACCGAUCGUUUCUUUUUUUUUUUUCUGUUGUUGUUCGUUUGUUUAUUUUUUUCUUCUUUUUUACCUUCUUUUUCGUAUAAAAAGAAAGGAAGAAAAAAUAAUUAUUAACAAUUACGACUGCAGAGUGUGUGGCUGACAAUAACAGACUCCAAAAUAUUGUAAUUAGUGUACAGAGAGAGACUGACCGUCGAGAGAAUUUUUCACCCCCCAUCCAAAAUACGCAAUGUGUACUCAUCCUUCCUUCCUCCGCCCCCUAUUUCCCUAAACGAUCAGUUAAUCUGGUCAGUUCAUCUAUCUCAGCUACUUGAGAAUAAAUUUAUAAUAAACAUGGAAAUGUAAAAGGGAGGAGAAUAAUUAAAAUAACAACAAUAAUAAGUAACGGUAUGGACGAGCAUAAAAAAAAAAAAAAAGAAAAGAAAAAGAAUGUACGACAAUUUUAGCGUAUAUAUACCUAAUAUAUACCUGACUACUUAUAGCUGCGGUUAUAUAUAAUUAAUAUGUAUAACGAUUAUCAAUAUCGAAAUGAAAUUCACACUGAACAACAAAUAUAUAUAUAUAUAUAUUAAAUAUAAAUAUACAUAUAUAAAUAUAAAUAUUAUACAUAAUGAAUAUUAUUAUUUAUGCGUUUGUAAAUAGUAGCAAGUACUGGUCGAGAAUCCAGCAGUGUAUAUGUAUUGUAUGUAGAAUAGGAACAAUAUUGUUAUUACCCCUAACAUUAUCAUCAUUAUUAUUACUAUUAUUAUUAUUAUUAUUACUGUCAUGACAAUUAUUAUUAUUAAUAUUAUUAUCACUAUUAUUAUUAAAACAACAUUUGAUUCAUAAUUCGUGCAUCAUAAUGAUUAGUUAUUAUUAUUAUUAUUGUUAUCGCAAUGUUUGUAAUAUUUAUGUACCUAUCUAUCUAUCUAUAUAUAUAUAUAUAUAUAUAUAUGUAUAUGUAUAUAUAUAUAUGUAACUGAUUGCAUCGGUCAUGACGAGGAGGUACAUAUAUAGUACAUACCCAAACAUGCCCGCAUAUGAGUUAAUUAUAAAAGUCACUGCGGCAGAUUGCGAUACGUGAGGACAGGUGCGAGGUAAGAAAUUUAUCUACAACGACGAACAAUCAGUCUGAAAAUCAGCAAUGAAAUCGAACCGUACAUUACAUAGUUUUAAUCGCGAUGGCGCGCGAAAGAAAAAUUAGACAUCGGAGGUAAAAUGAGUCGCAUUUUAUUUUUAUGAAUUAUUUACAUGAAUACUAACGAAAAGAUUUGUUUUUCGGUUUGGAAAGACUUGCUUCGCAUCCUCGUUCGGGAUCUGCCUUUGGAUACAAUAAACCGUACUGUUCAUCGUUAUUUCGUUUAUUUUUUGUUGCGUUGUUUAAGAAGCAAAGACGUGUAUUAAUUAUGAUUGUUUUUUUUUUUUUUUUUCGUCAAUUUGUUCCCUUUUUUUUUUGUUUAUAGUCUCUUUCAUCACUGUUCAUUCCCAUAGUCAUCGGCAAUUAUUAUUAAUUCCAGUGUAAAUCAUCGUUAUAUUAUAUAAACAUUGAUGAGUUGUCGGAGAGUGUUGAGAAGCGCGGAAACGUAGCCUUUAAAAGCUUUAUAGUAUAUAAGAAUGCACCUAUAUACUAUAACAGAAGAAUAAAAAAAAACCAAAAAAAAAAAAAAAAAACAAGAAUAAACCUCGUCGGUGAGGAAGAAGACAGACUCGUAUGACGAAUAUUGUAAAAC